CUCUCUUUCUCUCUCUGUCUCUCUCUCUCUCUCUCUCUCUCUCUGUCCCUUCCUCCCUUCCCCUUUCUUCCUCUCCCGCGCGCGCGCGGCUUUUCGCUCGCUCUUUUCCAUACCUAUACCUUGACUCGCACGCGCUUACUAUGCGCCCUGAGAGCACGUUUAUUACUAUGAGAUAAUGAGCUGCUCGGUAAAGAUCUCGUCUGGGAAGAGUUGGAGCGGAUCGCAGAGGAGGAUCAGCUCGUUGGCGGAGGAGAAUACGUGCCCUUCUCCUAACGGCGCUGCUUCGAGUUGCGCCCUCUUGCAGACGAUUCAAACGACCAAUAACGUAUUGGUCGCGUCCUCGCUCGCUACCACGUAUACGACUACGUCGAGCACGGGUUUGGAAACGAUAACUGCUACAACGGCAACGGCGACGACGACGACGACAACGACGACGACGACGAUCGGCGGUCCUGCUGCGGUGGCUGCUAACAUAGCCGGUGUUUACGGUGCCGGUGGCACCGCCGCAGGCGGCGUCGGUCAAAGGAUCGCUACGCCACGCCCCGUCAAGUCGAUCACUACGAAGAAAGGAGAAGACACGAGCAAGCUGCUCAAGUACAUCGACGAUAACGUCAUCGGCAAGAACGGCACCUUCUUCGGACCGUUCGGCCGCAGGAAAGUCGUCUUUUGCGAUUAUACGGCAACAGGAAGGUCGCUACAAUUUCUCGAAGAGUACAUCGCGAAGGAGGUCCUGCCAUGUUUGGGCGACACUCGAGCAUCGACGUCCAUCUGCAGUCUACAAUCCUCUCUCUUCAGGCACGAAGCAAGAGACAUCGUUAGGCAUGCCGUUGGUGCCGACGACCAGGAUGCGGUUUUAUUCACGGGUCAAGGUUCGGCCGGUGCCCUUCGCACGCUUCUGCGACAUCUCGAUCUCUCAAAAUCCACCGUAGUUUUCGUGGGCCCGUUCGAGAACCACGACAACCUACAGCCGUGGCGUGAAUAUGGUGUCAAGAUAAUACGAGUGUCCGAAACCCGAGAGGGUUUCUUGGAUUUGAACGAACUCGAACGAGGUCUGGCCAAGAUGCGUGCGGAAGGCGUUGCGCAAAUGAUCGGGUGCUUCAGCGCGGCCAGUCGUAUAACCGGGGUUUUGACGGAUGACGUUGCCACGACCCUUCUUCUACAUCAGUACGGUGCCCUCAGUGUCUGGGACUAUACCACUGCAGCGCCGUAUACUCAGAUCGACAUGAAUCCGCAUCUACCGGGAAUGAGCGAAUCCACGGCGCACAAGGAUGCAAUUUUCUUCGCUGGGCACAAGUUCGUAGGGGGCGUCCAAUCCCCCGGGGUACUCGUCAGUAAAAAAUUUCUUCUAAUGGACGAGACUAGAGCCGAAGACAUGAGGGACAGUCAUCGGUACCUGACCGAUCCCGAGCUUCGCGACGAAAGUGGAACCGCCGGAGUGGUGGAAAGCAUUCGUUGCGGACUGGCGAUUCAACUGAAGGAGAACGUGACGCCACGGGCGAUCGUCAAUCGUCAAGACAAAAUUUCCAGGCAAGUGCUGGCCCACGUACGCACAAUUCCAGAAUUGAUUUUACUCGGGAGCGCAUCGCAAAACGUCAAAAGGCUACCCAUCUUCUCGUUCAUGGUCCGGCACCCGCGUGGCACGUUUCUCCAUCACAAUUUCGUGUGCGCCGUGUUAAACGACGUUUUCGGCAUACAGGCCAGAAGUGGGUGCGCUUGCGCCGGCCGUUACGCUCACAAUUUGAUGGGAAUCGACGCGGAACUGGCGAAGGAGUACGAAAAUUUAUUGACGCAGAGUCGAGCCAACGAGGGAAGCGAGGAGGUCAACACCGAAGCACUGAGGCCCGGAUUCGCCAAGCUUUCCUUCCCCUACUUCAUGUCCGAGGCCGAAGUCGCGUUCAUUUUGGAGGCCUUGAAGAUGGUGGCCACCGAGGGAUGGAAGCUCUUACCGCAAUACGUUUUAAAUCCUCAGACCGGCGAGUGGCGGCACCACACCAACGGCAUAUUGAAGGAACGAAAAUUGUUGGGUACUAUCAGAUACACCGACGGCAGAAUGAACGCGUCCGAAAGGAGAGCGUCCGGAUCGGGCGCUUUUCCGCAAAGCUACGCGGACUGCCUGCAAACGGCUCGAAAUAUUUUCAAUCGUGCGCGUAAGAUGGCACAAAGGUAUCCCCUGCAAACCGAUCGUAUCUUUAACUUCAUCUCGGAACAAACGGAACCGUUGCGCUGGUUCAUGUUACCGAGCGAGGCGCAAGAUCUGCUUCUGGGAAAUUCUCAAAACGUGAAGCAGGAAGUACCUUUCAAUCCCACGUUAGCCUCGCACAGGAUCGCGCACGCGACACCGGUAACGAGCACGCACGAGAGUCUCGUUAACAGUUUGACCACGGCCAACGGCAUGAGACGCCUGAACAGCGACAUUCCUCGAACCGGCAAUAUUCCCAUAUCGCCGAAUUCGCCGCGACAUCGAAGUCUUCCCGCGUUGAGCACGAUAAGGAGAAACGCGAGCGCGUCGACGACCGAGGCCAAGGCUAGUACGUCGGAGGAGAUCGACGGCGGCACCGACGACAAGCGAUCGAUGCGAACCGAGAGCGGGAAUUCGUCGACUGGUCACAAGUCCCCCGCCACUUGCCCGAGCUCGCCGAUGCCGAUACGAUUCGCCGUGGGCGAGGCGGUCACGCCGUCGGCCCUCUCGUGCAUGUCUCACGCGGUGGUCGAUCGACCGAUGAAGGAACAGAGAGAUUUGAUAGAGGCGAGGGACGGCGGACGCGCAAGGUGCAAUUCCUUGGGUAGUACGACCGGGACGAGUAACAACGCGAGCAGCAAUCGGUCCGGUAUGUCCUCCUCGUCCUCGCCCAUACCGGUACUCCCCUUGAGCCCUCAAACGUUGACGAGUUUGGGUUUCACGCCGCCGCGCUCGGACGUUAACGGGUCGAAACAGAAACGACUUCAUUGCAGCUGCAGCAGCCAGACGGAGCUUAAUUCCCUCGAGUUGGACGCGAUGAGCAAUCUGAGCCAUUCCAUAUCGUCUUUCAAUUAUCACGGCGUCGCCUCCCCGCCCUCCUCGUAUUCCUCGGUCGGAGAGUACGCGGAAAGGCUCGUCGGCGGUGGUAGGUCCUCGCCCAUAUACUCGAACGUCGGUCAAAGAUCCGACGACGAUUUGAGCGCUUACUUGAAGGAAGUAACGAAGGAGCUGGCGACGGAGAUAAAAUCGGAGAUUCGCGAGGUCAUAUCCAAGGUAGACGACGCGCUCUCGGAGGCCAACACCUCCGAGAAUACUCCCCAGCAUCACUCGCGCAAUCACAGCGCCGUUAGCCAGGUCUCCAACGAGGACAGACAGUUCAGGCACGAUUCCUUUACGGCCAGCGACAUCGCCGAAUAUUUGAUGGAAUUUUCGAAGGAAAUGGCGAGCGAGGUCAAGUCCGAGAUCAGGUGUAUGGUGAACGCGGUCGACGGGCUUCACAGGCACUCGCCGGACGCCUCGGCCUCGGACGUGUCGUCGAACGGAUGCGAGUCCCCGGACAGAGGGGGGAGAGUUUCGUUAUCGAACGCUUCUCCUCGGGUAUCGAAUUCCAGAAAACACGGUACCUCCGAGAUAACCGGUAAGAUCGGCGAAUUGACGCAACAGGAGAGCAAGAUGUCCAGCGAGUGUUCCUCCGACGAGACGGUGAUCUUCGUGAUGAAGCCGACGGAAACCGAACGGAUGAUCGCCGGUAAUCGUGCCAAAACCGACGACGAGAACGACGUGGACGACGACGUGGACGACGAUUCCCACGAGCGUACCGGACCGGAGGACAUGGGCGACGCUAGGAAGAUCCUACCAAAGAUUUAUUCGGCCGUGAAUUCGGUAAGUUCUCAGGACAGUGGGAUCAACCUUUCCUUUCACGAAAGCGACAAGUCGAUCGAAUCGACGGAAUUGAAACGUAGCAGUAGCGCCGAAUCGAAUUCUACGAACAGUUACGGUCGAAAGUCUAGAACGACGAACUCGAUGUCUGGUUUAUCCGGUAAAUCUUCCUCGAAACAGCUCGUACGUCAGAACGACGAUCUCUCGGAGGACGAGGAGCUGUCGUCGGACUUGCGAGAGGAGGACGGCGAUCCGGAGGAGGAAGAGGGUUUGAAGUUCGAAGGUAAAGACGAUACGAGGAACGUUCAGCCGCGCGUUCAAUGGUACUCCGCACCGAGAAACAUUUGGAAACCAACGGUCGAGGCUAUACAGGAGUUCGACAUGAUUCGCGACAACGACAGGGUGCUCCUGUGUCUGUCGAUACUGGGAAAGGAUUCGUUGUCUCUCUUGCACACGCUACAUCAGUACAGAUUGCACGCGAGGUCAAAGGGAAUCGAUUUCGAGAUCGGCGCUGCCACGAUCGACACCGGUGGCACGACGUUCGAUCGGCUCGAGACUACGAGACAUUUCAAGGUUUUGGACGUUCCUUACUUUUACGAAGAGUUGGCGAUCGAUUCGACGACGACCACGACGACGACUGUGACGCCGACGCCGACGCCGACGCCGACGCCGACGACGACGACGACGACGACUACGACUACGACGGGCACGGAGAGUCAAGCCGAGGAGUCCCUUUCCAACGAAGCCUGCAGCUUUUGCAACAGAUCCAUCAGAGCGCAAUUGUACGCGAUCGCGAAACGUCACGGUUACAACGUAUUGGCACUCGGACAACACUUGGACGACCUGACGGAAGGCUUCCUCUCGUCGGUCUUUCACGGUGGCCAACUAAAGACCAUGAAGGCGCAUUACUACAUUCGCCGACAAGAUCUCCGGGUCAUCAGACCCUUCGUCUACGUCAGCGAGAAGGCUUUGAGACAAUUUUCACGAGGCAAACGAUUCGCUUCGUACGAAUCAAAAACGAGUGAACUUUCGGAGAAACAGAAACACGGCAAAGAUAUAUUGAUCCAACAACAGGAACGAGCUUAUCCGCGUAUAUAUUGGUCCGUACGUACGGCCCUUCGGCCGUUAAUAAUUUCGCACGGACAGUUGCCGGACUUCGACGCUACUUGCAGCAAUAUGACCAAUAGUCCGAGCAGUAGCAGCGGGGUCAGCAGCGUCAGCACCGCCAGUAGCAGCAACGCCGCCGCCAACGGUGGUAGUAAUCAACAAAAGAGGUAUCGAAGGACGAAAACGAAUUCGGUUUCCUCGGCGUCGACCGUCCACCAUUCGUCCUCCCAACGACUCGACGACAACGACGAGACCGACGAGGAGCCGGUCCUUUGAGGAGGACCGUUCGCGAGAUGGGAUCCAAAGCGGCGUCCUUCAGUCUCAUCUUCGCGUGCACGUCGACGAGUACCCCCGUCUACGUCAGCCCUUCUCGCACGAAGGAGACGACAGCGUUUCGCCGCUAUGAACGCCGCGGCUGUCGUCGUUGCGAACGAACCGGAGUCGUUCGAGCAUUGAACGAAAGGAAAACGGAAAGGGAAACGACUAAAUUCCAACGAUUGUCCAUCGCUUUGUUUCGCAAACAACGACGACGCGCACAUUUUGACUUUGGAGUUCGCUUGAAACUUUACGUGAUACAGAACGAGCGACGACGAGAUCAUCGAAUCUUUCUUCUUUUUCUUCCGCCGAACAUGUCGGUUUCUUUUCCUAGUACAUGUAUGUGUAUGUAUUAUGCGUUGGCGUGCGCGAGUCUGACCAGCCGAGAGGGAAACUCGGAGAGGAUCGAGCGUCGACGGCGAUUACGGCGAUGGCGGCUGAAAAGCGCAAGAGAACGUAAACGAAAGAAAGGUCGCUCUUGUCGGUAUCGCUACCGAUUUGUUUUAGAUGGAAGACGACGGAAAGGUCUCGAUCAUUCGAUCUACUCGCGAUCGAGAGAAACACGGACGAUACAACGAUAAAGUGUUUGGUAUACGUAGAGUCGUCUCGAGGAGAGGACGUGGACCACCGUGUCGCGUUUGUGCGUCGAACGCUCGUCGAACGCUGUCGAACCGCUUAGCGCACUCGUUAGCGCGUAUAACGUCGUUAGAAAGAAUUUCGAAGUGGAUUUUGACGUUAGGAUUCUUCGUCGAUUAGUAGAUAAAAGCGGGAAAAUGGAAAAGCGUCGGGAUACACGAAAGCAGUUUUAUUCGUCUUAGCUGAAACGAGUCUCGUAUCGUUUCGAAUACUCUAAGACGAUUUUUUUCGCGCGGUCAAGAAAAUUGUCGGCCUUGAUGUUCGAACGUUUUGCGAGAGGGAUAAAUAAUAUACGUUGGACGCGCUCGCGUGUACGUAUGAUUAUCUAAAGAUAAUUCUACGACGCUUUCCAGAUUCCAUUUAUUUCGAUUGUCCGCAACGCACGGCAUUGCAUGCACGCAUAAACGCUUAUGCAGAAGAGAAGAAUGACGAAGAAAAUGAAAGAAACGCGAACGCUGUUUAAACGAAUCAACCGAAAAUCUUAUUCUUCUCGAGUGAUAAUAAUCGUAACUGGGAUUAUCUAACUCAACUCUUAAUGGACAUUAUCAUUAAUUCAUGCUCCUUCAUAUCUGUAAUCUACGUUAGACCGACAUUAGUAGUUGCGAACGAACGUUUCGCGCUGUGAAAGGCGCGAAUGGGAAGG